GGCGGUGGUGGCGGCACCGGGGGUGCAGGCUCCGACAUGGAGCAGCAUCUUCAUCACGCGGGCCUGGGCUCGGUGACGCCCGGACCGCCCGGCGGUAACGGUGGCGACAGCACGGCAUCCAGCACGCCGGUAUCCCAGAGCGGCAAAUCCGCCUUCAUCGAGCUGCAGCACAACAAUCUGUACAAUCCCGCGAGUUUGCGUAGCGGAUACCCAGGCGGGCACAAUGUGCCUGGCGCGCAUCAGUUCUCGCAUCAGGUCGGCUCCCUGGCGGCGCAUCAGAGCUCCGGGCCCGGCAGCGGGAACCAGCAGCAUGCGGACGCGGGCUUCCCUAGUCCUAGAUCCGCGCUCGCCGGAUAUCCGUUCGCGCCCAUGCACCAGCACAACGCCUACGGAUAUCACCUGGGAUCGUACGCUCCCCAGUGUCCCUCGCCGCCCAAGGACGGUGAGUACCCCAACUGGUGGUGCAUGUUCGCAGACCUCUCGCCAUUGGGUGAUAAAGGCGGAAGCCUCGUCGACGAGCUUGGCGGCGGCGGCGGCGGUUCCCUCAGGAACGGUAAGGGCAAGAAGAUGAGGAAACCGAGGACGAUUUACAGCAGCCUGCAAUUGCAGCAGCUCAAUAGGCGGUUCCAGAGAACGCAGUACCUCGCGCUACCGGAAAGAGCGGAGCUCGCGGCCAGCCUCGGACUCACGCAAACACAGGUGAAAAUCUGGUUCCAAAACAGGAGGAGUAAAUACAAGAAGAUGAUGAAAGCGGCGCAGCAGGGCGGGGGUGGAGGUGGCGGCCAGCACGGUAGUCUUCUGGCAGGUGGGACCGCGUUACCCGGAGGACCAUCUCCUCAACCUGGUCAACCCGGAAGUCUCAUGCAAGGAGGGGGCGGAAGUUCCGUAUCGGGCAGCCCGACGACGGGUUACCUCGGCGGCAUGGGCGGCGGGGGCGGCGCUCACACCCCCGGCAGCUCGAGCCCCGGAAGCGAGAUGUCGCCUCAGCACAACGACAGCCCCCCGGCACCCUCCUGGCCGGGCGAGAUGAAGCACCAUCCGCAUCCUCACGCGCCGCCCCACACCCAUCAUCACCCGCACACGCCCGGGCAUCAUCCACCGCCACCGCCACCGCCACCGCAUCAUGCGGGUUACAUGCCGCAGUACUCCUGGUACCAGGCGGACCCCAAUCCAGGAUUACUCACGGUAUGGCCAACGGUUUAACGAACAUGUUCCUCGAACUGAAUUCAGGUGAGCCACCUCUUCGUGGCGCCGCGGAUGCAUCCCAGCGGUCUCGCCCCAAAGUGUGUGAAUAUGUAUAGCGCCUCUCGCGAGGAAAAUUCAAUGUUUAUAUUGUUUCUAAUCGUCUAAACGAAACACACGCAUGCCGGUAUCCGUGCGUGCCGUCCGUCGAAGUGAGAACGUACGAACAGUGCGACGUUGCGUGUGUGUAUGUGUGACACACGCUCCUCCCCUUAGCGAAAUAUUAAUUAAAAAAUAGUACUAUGACGUGCUGCCGAAAACACCGAUUCCGAAUCGGCGAUGAUGCGCUGUCAAUGAACGUUUCUCAAUGCUGACGAGGAGCUCAGUUCCCAGCCAACGUGGACUAUCAACGAGAGCGUCGCGAGAAAUUGAGAGUUAUGAACGAUUCGUGCAUCGAGUGACUCUUGAUCAAUAAAGUGACGUAACUCCAGUGCGCGGAGUUUUUGUUGUGCUGUGCGAUACGUCUCCCUUUCGUCCUGGAAUCGACGCUGGUUGGAAGAAGGAAGAGCGACGUCGCCAUUCCGAAGUAAACGUUAUAAAAAAAAGGUGAUAAUUAUUGUCGAUAACGAUAGUUACGCGACGUAAAAUUACCGAAAAUCGAUUUGUGACCGUUUCCGACCCGAAUUCUCUGAGGAAUGACGUCGUUCACUAACGGUCUUGAAAUGCGAUUUACGAAGAGGGUACUUGUCUUGUAAGGCUUCGCGUAUGAUUGAAUGAUUGUCACGACUGUAACGCUUUUCGUGUUUUGACAAAGUAAUUGUUGUUGCAAAAAUAAGAUUCAUGAAGAAUCUUCUCCCCGAGAAAUAAAACGGCUUCUCUAUGUCUGCUCGUGUCGAUCGUCGCGAUAGCGUGCAUCGAGUCUAAUUUGAUUACUGCUGUUUAAUUAUAAGCGAAAAUUAUACCUCCACAAGUAAUUGUUUCUAUAGUGAAAAUGUUGUCCGUCGUUUGUCAAGCGUGGAAUUGCAUACCGAACUUAAUCGCUUAAAUAUUAAUUAAACGAGAAAUGUUACGUGGUGCAAUUGUUUUCUAUGGAAUAUUGGAUCGACGCUAUCAUUGCAAUUAUGUGGUACCAAAGGUAAUUCAACCAUUAUACAUUAAAUGUUAAUUGAUUAUAUUUGUAUAUCAGAAGCUUCAAACUUAUAUAUACAUUAAAAAGAGUUUUUUUUCUCAGGUCGGUUUAAUUAUAAGAUUUAUCUCGUUGCGAUAUCGUAUAAUUCAACUCAAUAUUGUUUCUUAAAAGAUAAAAUAUUAAGCUUGUGGCUUUUUGGUCUACAUUUUUUAUCGCUAUUACUCCCAGUUGUAAUUAUACCCAAAACGAAAACGUAAAAUCUGAUGAUCAAGGAUUCCCGCUCAGGUGAUUUCAGUUUAAUUAAGGAUUCUGUUUCUCGGUCACGUCGGUGUUAACGAAUAAAAAAUAUAUUUAGUAGUGUGACAAAAAUAAAACUUAUUUUCUUAAAUUUAUUUAAAUGAGAAGAAAAGUAUAUCAAAUAACUCCCGUUACCCCCAAACUUAACAAGUUCCAAAUGAGACCAACGUGCGAUAGUAUAAUAACGGCAAUAAUAUAAUAUCGGUCUGAAAAUACUGAAAAGAACUCAAAUCAAGUUUGAAAUUCCUGGCCUACAUCCAGCGCUCGCCUGGUUUAAUUAUAUUCGAAAUAAGCUUAGCAAAAAGAUUCGGACAACAGGACUAGGUCGAACGAUCCUUUGCGGCACGAUUUAUCCAACAUUUUCGUCACUUUUCUGAACCAGGCUAGUCCGGCACGAUUGUGCAUUUCUGAAAACCAAUUUCUAUCUCCUCGCAAAUAUCAAUUGCCAAUGACGUUAGGUCGGUAGAUCCUUUGCGACAGUUACCCAACAACCGCGAGCGCAGCCGACCUACUUCGUGCACGGGCUGGAUCUCGCGCGAUAGAUAGAGACGACAGGAUUGGCGGAGUUACGCGGGAGAGGAUAGACGGGAUAGUGGAGAGGAGAGGGAAGAAGCGGGGGAAAAAAGAGAGACAACGUUGCAUAAACUCGUUGAGCAGUUGUUCCUCAAGGCGGUUGGAAGUAAUGAAAUCCUAAUGACAUUUUCGUGAGUCAAACGAUCUCGGCAAUCACGGUGGCUCGCUGUAAUCACCGGUCCCUCCUUCCCGGAUGAGGCAACCGACCGGGGGCCUCCUUCGAAGAGGAAAGAAAUACGCGAGAGAGGAACGGAGGAGUGACAACCCGAGGGACGAGCUGGAAAAAAUCAUUAUCUUGAUCGACGAUGCGCGGGAUGCCGCCGAUAUUUGAGUUCGUUAAGAACUUCAGGAAAUAAAUAUAAAAACGUUGCGCGAAUCUCGAUGUGAAUGUCCCGAAAUUGUAGUUCCUGCUAUAACUUCAUAAUUCAAUACACAUUUCGAUUUUCUUCAAUUGCAAUAUUUUACAUAUUUUCUUCAAUUAGAAUAUUUAAUGAAUCUAUCAAAAAUAUUUAUCUCAAAGAAAUCAAAUUUUAUAUAACAAUAUAUAUGUAUUUAUUUAUUGAUAAAUCUGUUUACAAAAAAUAUAAUUUUAUUGAACAAAAAUUCUAUGAACGAUUUUACAGAUUGGUAACCUCGGUAUGUAAAUUAAUAUUAAAUUAUAGGUUUUUUGAUAAAGUUUAAAGAUACAGCUACCCGUUUCAAUUGAACCUUCAAGAUGUAUGUUAAAGUAACGUCUCUCUUCAUUUCCGUUGCUGCUACGCAUCUCCGACGAUGCUCAAAUUCUAUCAGAAAUUGGGCAUCCAAACGCGAGCGUUACGCUAUAAACCGAUCAAGUUGCGGAUGAGCGAUGCGGUGGACUGUUUUACGCUGUUUCUUCUUCGCUGUCCUCUGUCGGCCAUAUUGGGCCAUUCUUGCCAUCUUGUGCCGCGCAAUAUCUAGUUUUCCAAGAGGCGACGUCAAACCGCAAAAACGACGGCUGUGGCUUACAACCGCGGGAAACUGGAAGGGUCGGCAUGCCCCACCGCUGACCCAGAUCCACUGUCUCGUCGGUGCAACAAUGGUUGUCGUCUCAUGAGAACGUGUGGUCCCGCACGGUCCCUUUCCUUCCUGAUUCCGCCUUUUCCUUCGCUCUGAUUGACAUUACCGUUCGGCACAUGUUGCGAGGUACGGCCGAAACCGUCAGGCCUCGGUCUCGCACACUUCGGCUCUCGAGUUGUCGCGAAAAAGUUAAUAGCCAAUCAUUCUUCAAAAACCCUUUCACUACCUGGAACUUGGAAUUUCCAAUUCUUGCAGUCGCUUACCAGAACAAUGGCUCUUUCGCGAGAUACUUUCGAUCUUUGACAGAAACUGAUCAUCAGAACGAAAACCUGACAUGGUCCCCUAUCGUAGUCACGUUAUUAAUCCAUAACUGUUGAAUUUUUACGUUCCUAAAUUAUGUAGCAUUCUUAACAGAUUUAUUGUGUAACAACACACAAAAAGUUACGCUACAAUCUUAUGUAGGAAUAACGUGUCUAUAGCAGCUGUGGAUUAAAUCUCAAACAUUCGAGCGUAUGCUUGCGACAUCGGAGCCAUACGAUUUUGCAAACCCACGUAUCGAUAGAGUCGACGAUCGAGCACACGAGAUCUCACGUGUAAUAACGCACUCGUGUAAUUCCCCCAGUCCCCUCCCCUUCUCUCCCCCGACUCUCGAGGAAUCGGCGAAGGCGUCGACGCCGCGCAAGUCGACGCGGCGCGGAAACUCGAGGCGGAUUAGGCUGCCGGGUGAUUUCGCCCCAUGGUGCACAAAGAGAACAGUACAAAACUAGUUUUAUGCCCUUCCGCUCGUGUCGACCGCCGCUUGCUGUUGGACGCCGGUACGUGAUUACGUCGCGUGAGCUUGCGUAAAAGCCCCGCGGCGGAAAAAGAAAGGCGGCCUGGAAGGUAGGAUAUGUUCCAGGGAUCGAUGUCUCUACGUCGGGGCGACGCGGAAUUCCUAUGUCGUGACGUUGUCCGCGUCGUCGUCGUUGUCGUUGUCGUCGUCGUCGUUGACGUCGUCGAGACGGUGUCGGUGCACGCGAAGGAUGCGCCAACGGCGACGACGACGACGACGAUGACGACGACACGGCGAUUCUUUCCCGUGUAUAAUAAUAAGUGCCGUUAGAUUUAACCGCAAGUCGCGCUACGGAGGACUAGGAGGCACGGAACGGCCUUCCCGGACGAGUUCUUGCGUUUUGAUUCGGUGCAAUAAGAAGACGUGUGCGUGUAUACUUUAAGACGAAGCUCCCCUCAGUUCCUAAAUUGCGUGUAAAGCCGGAAAUGCGAAAAACAGCGUAAAACAACUGAGCAUGCUCGGGAUGACAAGAUGUGCGAUGUGUUUUGGUCGUUGUGUUGAGACUGGCGCUAAAUUUCCUGGAAAGCUACGAUCAUCUCACUGAAAUAGGAUUCUUCUGCGAACAAUACUAUUAAUUUCACAUAAAUUAUAGAAUCAUUUUUCGCGAAUCUCAAAAAUACAUUAUCAAAAAAUAAUUUGUAUCUCGCGGUGAAAAUAAUCUGAUUAUUAGAAAUAUACAAUUUCCAGGAGAUAAUGACGUUAACUUUGGCGACGUGAAAAAAAUAUGUCGAUUCGACAGUCUCGAUGAUGCAGUGUGCAAAAUCAGCCGUGUAACGAGACGCGGCUCAUCUUUGCCACGCUUUCAUCGAACACGCGGAUUAUGACAGCGUCGCGCAUUAAAACGGAUACGAACUUAACGUGACAGGAAAGCGAGAGAAAAGACGAGAAGAGAGUGAGUGUGAGAGAGAGAGAGAGAGAGAGAAAGAGAAUGGUAAAAAACAUAAAAAGAGUCCAUAGAAUUUACUAGUGUUACUAGUCUCGGUGCAAGCCAUCGGAGAUCGAUCCGACUCGGCGAGGCCGCGAGAUCGAACCCCGAAUCGUCUGUAAAUAUUGCACCGGGGCCCUUUAGCAUAUAAGGCGUAAGUGAAUCUGUGUAAAAUAUUGUGAUAAGAAUGUAAAGAAACGCGAAAACGAGAGACAGAGAAAACAAGAGAGGCCUCUCUGGAAAAUCGUCUAUAUAUAUAUACAUAUAUAUAUAUAUAGGACGGCAGAUCCCAAUUUAUCGACUUUACCGAGUACCCUUGUACGAAUAUAGAAUAUUACGAAAACUAAAACACCUUAAUUAUGAUUACUAUUGUAUAAAAUAUGAAUAAUAACUAAUUAAUUCAAUUUAA